AUGGGGUGUGAAAAAACAAAGAGAGUGGUUUUCGUGACGGUAGGAACAACCUGUUUCGACGCUCUCGUGAAAGCUAUGGAUUCUGAAACUGUUCAAAAAGAGUUACUUGCAAAAGGGUAUACCCAUCUUCUCAUUCAAAUGGGUCGUGGAUCCUAUCUUCCUACCAAGGCUGAAGGAGAAUGUUCAUUAGCUGUAGAUUACUUCACAUUUUCGUCUAGUAUCGCCGACCAUCUCAGAUCUGCUUCUCUUAUCAUUAGUCAUGCAGGGUCGGGUAGCAUAUUUGAGACGUUGCAGCUUGGCAAACCUUUAGUUGUGGUUGUAAAUGAAGAUUUGAUGGAUAAUCAUCAAAGUGAGCUUGCAGAAGAACUUGCCAACAGAAAACAUUUGUGUUGUGCUAGUCCUCAAACACUUCAUCAAACCAUAGCGGAUAUGGACUUAAAUGCUCUCUGCCCUUACUCUCCAGGCAAUGCUACACCAGUGUCCAAACAUAUAAACAGAUUUCUUGGUUUUCCUGAUGAUUGA